AUGGGCAAGCCAGAGAUUGCCAAGGCCAAGGCCGCCAGCGACUUUGAAAAGAUCAUCCAAGAGGGUCGCGAGCGCAAACGCAACGAGCAACUUGCCGCCAGCAUCUUCUCCAAAGACCGCAGGAAGAGCGCUCCCUCGGCGCAAAAGUUGGGCGCCGGCCCCUCCUUAGCCAGCCGAGUCGGGAUCAAAAGCCUCGUACCCCCGCCCAAAAAGGGGAGGGAAACAAACGUUAACAAACUCCCAAAGACACAGCGAACAGUAUCCACAUCCGCCCGCGCACCCCCGGGCAACGUCGACGCCGAAUGGACUCAUGAUCUCCACGCCUCCGUAAACCCUCCCAGCGGACUCGCUUCCCGCAUCUCCGCGCCCGGUUCGAAACCCGCGAGACGCACCGCCAAGCUCACCGCCGCCCUCCAGCGCGUCGACUCCUCUCAAGCCAACGUCCUAAACGCCCCCAAGGGCCCCAAGGCUGGCUUCAAGACCCAGCAGAAGAAGACGCACACUGGUGGCACGGGAGGCAGGGGCUCCGCCUCGCCCGGGCCGGAGCUCUCGAUCCGCGGCAUCGCGGGGCCGUUCUCCGUGCUGGCGCAAAAUUUUGCCCCGGAACCACGGCAGCGGACGUGCUCAAGCCGAUGGCAGGGUCAUCAAGGUUUACCCCAACCCCCGCGGCUACGCCUCCGACUCCCCGACACCUCUCACCGCUCCGGCGCUACCCAACUCGUUGACGGCAAGCAUGGUUUCCCCGAAGCCUCCAACAGCGUCAGGGCCAACGGCAACGGCAAUGGCAACGGCAACGGCAGCAGCAAUGGUAACGGUAACUCGAGACCUGAUCUAAUUCGGAACAACUCCAAUGGCGGCGGUAAGCUAUACAGCGAUAGCAUGGUUGGAUCCGCCCGGCGUGGAAGGGGCAGGCGGUAA